GCCUUGGUGGCAACAUUGUGCUGCUCAUGGCGCCGGCCAUUGCGUCGUAUUUGUCGACAGCGCGCAGUGUGUAGCUGCCGCAUAAUGAUUGCUUCAGGCAAGAAGAGAAGUCCGGCAACCAAUUGACGUCCAUAUUUUUGAGACCCGUUCGCGAUCUCGAGGACAAAGUCAAGACGACAAGGUGGCGUCGAGGCGGAUGCGCUGUGACACACCACCCAGGAUGGAGGACGUCAAUGACCGCGACAGCAGCGAUGAUGACGCACCGGCCGACAUGGAUGACAUUGAAAUUGUUGAAGUGUAUGACGAAGUCGCCAGUGACCUCAGUGAUGAGGAGGAAGAUGCUGGCCUGCAGGGUGAAGAGGAGCCGCCGCUCGAUAACGCUGCAGUCUCCUUCACUGCCCACCAUGGGUCAGCCUUUGUGUGCGCCGUGUCGGGUGACAAUCGCUACAUUGUGACGGGGGGCGAAGACGACCGUGGCUGUGUCUGGCAUCUGGACACGGGCGAACUGGCGUUUGAGUGUGGCGGUCACGCCGACUCAGUGACGGGUGCUGCCUUCAACCACGACUCGACACUGGUGGCCACGGCUGACAUGGGCGGUGCAGUGCGCGUCUGGUCUGUCGAGAGCCACCAGCAGCAGUGGGACUUUGACGUUGGCACGGACCUCAACUGGAUCGAUUGGCACCACCAGGCUAAUGUUCUGCUUGCUGGAACGGUGGAUGGCACGGUCUGGAUGUGGCAGGUGGGUUCCCCCAGCCGGCCAUUUGUUUGUAUGGGCACACCUCACCAGGCGUGUCGGUGCACACUGACAAGUGGACACUAAAGAUUAAUGCUAAGU